GCUGCGCGGGCGAGUGCGUAUUUCCGCUUCCGGUUGCGCGCGGGCUCGACGUCGGCUGGGCGCAGGGGGCGCGGGCGGACUGGCCGGUGCGGGGCCGGGCAACGAAGGUCCUGCAGAGUGAAGACUUAAUUCCAAGGUCAUGGCAAAACAUCUGAAGUUCAUUGCCAGGACUGUGAUGGUGCAGGAAGGGAACAUGGAAGGUGCAUACAGGACCCUAAACAGGAUCCUCACGAUGGAUGGGCUCAUCGAGGACAUCAAGCGCCGGCGGUACUACGAGAAGCCUUGUCGCCGGCGACAGAGGGAAAGCUAUGAAAGCUGCCGGCGGAUCUACAACAUGGAAAUGGCUCGCAAGGUCAACUUUCUGAUGCGAAAGAAUCGGGCGGAUCCGUGGCAGGGCUGCUGAGGCCUGUGGAUGGGGGGCCCAGCGAGGACCCCGUCCAGUAGGGUCGCCACCUCUUUUCUCUCUCCAACCCCAUUUUCUCUUACCUUUCUUGCAAUAAACUCAAUCACGGAUGUAGACGACGGCCCGCAUAUGUGAAGCAAUCCCACUGGUCAGCAGUGGACCCUCGAGGGCUUUUAUUAAGUGAAAGAGGAACUGAGUCAAAAAGUAGUCUAGACAUAGAGUGGCAGCUGCCAGGGGCUGUUUGGGGGGCGAGAGUGAAGGAUUAUUGUUUGUUGCGUACAGAGUUUGAGUUUGGGAAGAUGAAAAAGUUCCAGGGUUGAAUGUUGGUGUGAAAUGUUCUUAAUGCCACUGACUUGUACACUUAAGUGGUUAAAGUGGUAAGUUCUAUAUGUAUUUUACUAUAAUUUUUUAAGUAGUCUAGGAGAGGCGAGGAAAUUUUCUAAAAUGUCAUAGAAUAUCUCCUACCCAAUUUUUAUGAAACCCAAAGCAAGAUCUGAUCAUUGGAAAAGCAUCUGUUACUCUUUACUGAGCUCUCCUCCAACUGUUAAGUAAAAGGAGAGGAAGCAGGUAUGUAUUUGGAAUAAAUUCUUCAGCAACUCCCAUCAACCAGACUCUAGUGCUGGGACCCUUGCCCCAAGGAAUCCUUAACACAGAUCUAGCAUUCA